AUGUCGAUAAAUGCAAUUGCAAAGAAAUACAGCUAUAGGUCGUCUACCGACAAAGAGUUGGAUGAUGCCACUCAGGACUAUCAGCAUAUGGUGCCCAGCCUAGAUUCUCUGUCUCCUUCGUUAUCACUUCCUCCCAUUUCUAGACCGACGGAUUUUCUCAGGGCCCAUACAGAUGAUGUAUCCAACCCAGGAUGUAAGAUUAAGAUUGCUCAUGGUACCACGACGUUAGCAUUUAGAUUUCAAGGCGGUAUCAUCGUGGCUGUCGACUCUAGAGCCACUGCCGGUAGUUGGGUGGCUUCUCAGACGGUGAAGAAAGUCAUCGAAAUUAACCCUAUGUUACUUGGUACCAUGGCCGGUGGUGCAGCUGAUUGUCAGUAUUGGGAAACUUGGCUUGGUACGCAGUGCCGUCUUCACGAACUUCGAAAUAAGGAGAGAAUUUCUGUGGCGGCUGCUUCCAAAAUUCUUUGUAACUUGGUUUACGAAUACAAGGGAAUGGGGUUGUCCAUGGGUACAAUGGUGUGUGGAUGUACCCCUAAAGAGGGUCCUACCAUCUUCUAUGUUGAUUCGGAUGGUACGAGACUUAAAGGUGAUAUGUUUUCGGUUGGUUCUGGUCAGACGUUUGCCUAUGGUGUUAUGGAUUCCAACUAUCGCUGGGAUCUCACGGUUGAUGAGGCCCUCUAUUUAGGAAAAAGGGCUAUUUUGGCUGCCACACAUAGAGAUGCUUAUUCUGGUGGUUCUAUCAAUUUGUAUCAUGUCACUGAGAAGGGUUGGGUAUACCACGGUAAUUACGACGUGGGUCCUCUAUUUUGGGAGAUUAAGGAGAAAGAAGGUUCAUUUAACAACGUUAAGAGCUGA